AUGAAUGGGUUGGACCCUUCUUCGGCUAUGUUUCGUGAUCUCUCACAAAACCCACCGAAGACCAUGGGAGAGCUAAUGACGAUUAUCGAAAAAGACUACGUGCAUGAGGAGGCAGUUGCCGAGCGAAAAGUUCUGAAAAUAUCCGACUCUUCAAAAAUGUCUCCAGCUGCCAAGAAACAGGUGGCCAACAUAAGGGAAAACCAAACUUCUAGGAGCAUGCGAAGCAAUAAGAAUGACCAGCAGUCGCUGCGGCAAGACAAGCGGGAGCCACAACCUGAUGAAUAUGUUGCCGAACAUACCGCAUUCAUGGUGCCGAUUUACAAACUCUUACCCAUGGGGUUCUUAGGAACCGCAGGAAGUGGCCCUAGGAUGUGUACCUUUCAUAAGGAGAGGGGACACUACACUACUCAGUGUCGGCCAUUCAAAAAAUAUCUGGAGGAACUUAUCGCUGCCGGGCAUCUCAAUCCGUGGAUUGAUACCAGGAAAAACCCGUUGCCUCCUCCCCCACCGCUCAUCGAAAACCUUGUGAGCGUCAUUCAAGGCCUCGUAUCCGAAGAGAGAAUUCCAGAGCUACAAUCCGAGAUCGAUAGAGCUGUCACCGCUCUCUCGAUUUGUAAUAUUGGUGCUUCGGCUAAACACAAAUGGGAGGAUCCGAACUGUAAUGGGCCCAUAACCUUUACAUCCGAAGAUUUGAAAGGAGUCCAACUUCCUCACAUGGACGCUCUCGUUGUUACCCUGGCAAUAGACAAAUCUACCGUCCAGAAAGUGUUGAUUGACCAAGGAAGUUCGGCAGACGUAAUGUUUUUCUCGACCUUCAAAAGCCUCGGUCUCCUUCCCACGCAGCUCCGAGUGGCAUCAACUCCCCUAGUGAGCUUCACUGGUGCUCCGAUUUGGCCAUUCGACUUGGUAACCUUAGCCGUGCGAGCAGGUUCCCCAGUCGUUGACGUCGAAUUCGUGGUGGUAAGCUCGCCGAGCCCCUAUAACGUCAUCCUCGGACGGGCUUGGCUUCACGGGAUGCAGGCGGUCGCUUCCACUUUUCACCAAGUUAUGAAAUUCGUAGGGUGGAAUGGACGACAGGAAACCCUUUGA